AUGCGUUACUGUACGCUGCGGUUGCUGGUAUUGGGGAUUGUAAUUGGCACAGCCUUGAGUGAAACGAUAAACUUGACCGUCAAAAGUGAGUCUGCUGAUUUUUCGAAGGACCAGUUAUGUUUCUCCGCCGGAUGUCAAUAAUGCCCUUUUUUAGAAUGGUACUACGCUGCGCGCUCGGAAUUUGGAACACCAAGUAAGUCUACACAAUGAUUUUGAUAAUUUCUUGAGUCCGAUAUAAUGAUAGAGCUCAAAAUUCAAUCCUUCGGAAACAUAUAUGAUAUAGGUUGUAGUGAUCUAAAACUCAUUUUCUGAGCUUUGCAGAGAAAUAUUGACCAUUAAGAGAUGUUGCGUUUAGGUCAAGUGCUAUGGCUCGGACUUGACAUCGGCACUAGAGAUCUGUGGGUGUAUGGUGGAAUGUGCUAUCAAAUAAGCACCAAGUGCACCAAAGGCACUUUACAGUACUAUCGAGGCCAGUAAGUUUAGCUUUAUUGAUGUGUUUACCCAAAACUUCUUGUAAUCCUGGUUUUGUUCCUUGCAGCUCAAGCUCAACCUACACCACAGGUGCGGUCGGUGUCAAACUUAACCUUACAACAUCUUACUAUUCUGGCAAUGGCACAGUAACUCUGGUCUCCGCCCGCGACACGAUAUCAAUCGCUGGUCACAGCCUAGGCUCCACAAAUUUCGGCGAAAGCAAGCUGGCCGACUACAGUUUUUACAAGACCUUGAACACCAGCGGUCUGUUUGGGCUGGGGUUGGGAUCCGUAACGGCUUUGACGGGAUAUUUCUCGACACUGAUCGGCAAUGGAACUUCGUACACGCUGACUACACACCAGUAGGCGAGCCUUACUUUCCGAGUUUCUAACCACUUUCAGUGCAAAUCAAACUGCAACAAUUACAACAGGAGAAGAUCCAAACUGCGUCCAGCCCUUCCAUUAUAUUCCGUUGAGUAUAACGACGCUGACAAUUGGAAACAGAUGGGAGAUCCCGUUGAUAAGGUGGGUAAGGUAGCGGCUAAUAGCGAACAUUUGGCUUAUAAACUCCUGAUUUUCAUUCGUCGAAUUUUUUUCACAUUGACUAUCCACUGCGUUUUAGUUAUAAAUUCGGCUCUAUUGCUGGCGGCGCUGUCUCUGGUCACACCGCCAGUUUUACCACCCUCAGCAAGAACAUCCAGAUCCCUGUCGCCCUAUAUCAGCCCAUUCACGACGAACUUGUUCGUCUCUACUAUGAUUUCUCUUGGGCUCAUGAUCUGAUCGACUGUAAAAGACGCGCUCAGCUGCCGGACUUGACGCUCAAUUUGGGUGGGAAAAAUUACACCGUGACUCCACAUCAGUACAUCACACAAACCGUAAGUUCGCGUUGAGUUUGAAGUCCAGCUUUGAAGGUUCUCAGUCUUAAUAUUGUAUGUAGAGAAACUACAUGGUUUAGCAAAGUAGCGGGUAAAAGACAUAUAAUAUUUAUUUGGCUACACAAGCGGAAUUUUUUAAAACUUGACGUCAAAUAUUUAUAUUAGGGGAAAAAUUCUUGGGUGUAAAGAGCGGCUUGCAUCCUUACAAUUAGUAUGCUCUUUUGGGGCUUCAAGGAGAGACAGAAAUGUCAUUGCAACAACCUAUUACACCUAGGCUUGUUCAACCUCUCUCUUCACUUUAUUUGCAUUCUCUCAUGCGAACGCCACUGUACGUUUAUCUUGCUUUCAGGCAUCCAACUACUGUAUCCUCCGGCUAGUUGCGAACUACGCUUCAAAUCAGUGGAUUUUGGGCUAUCCCUUCCAUCAAGGGCACUGUGAAAACUUUGAUCCCAUUGGGCUACGAGUUGGACUGUCAACUCCCAACAGCUAA